UGACAUCGCUGUUCAUGGUUGACAGCUAAAGUUUGUGUGUUGGUGUACAAUGUACAUAAUAUACUAUACUCUGGUCUAAACAAAAUAUAAUAUUUCUCAAAUAUUUACUUUAAUUGAACGAAUUGUGCAAAAUUACUACAAAAUGUCAUUGGUAGAUAUUGAUACUUGGAUUACUGAAUUUGAGGCUUCGGAGAGACUCAGUCGGGAUGUUCAAGCACAGAUUGUCUACAGAAAUAGUCAGGCAAAACUAUCUGCAGAAUAUGCCAAGCUGUCAGCAACAAUCCGUAUCCGUUUGAAGCAGCUAUCGGGCGAACUGGAGCAGUUGGACCAGAAACUUGAACAAAAUUCAGUUACUGGAAAGAUGACGGUGGGUGAAUCAAAACGACGUAAAUUUCAACUAGAAACCUUACAAUCCAAACUGAUUGGAUUGGAAACACAAUUUCGAAACGUUGAUGGUCCGUCCAGUCGCUCUCAAUUGCUUCAAGGUACUUCGAGUCUGUGGGACGACGAUGAUGAUGAUGUUCCAAUCAUUAAUUCAAACCCGUCGACCAAUCCACAAUCGGUUCAAAGUUUGCGCCAACAACAGAUUCGUAUUCUCGACGAUCAGAACCAAGGCCUCGAAUCGUUGUCCAAAAUCAUUACACGCCAGAAAGAUUUAGCGCUGAAAAUUGGCGAUGAAGUCGAUCUUCAAAACGAUAUAAUUGAUGACUUGGCUGUUGAUAUGGAACGUACUGAUGCGCGUGUAAAUAGCGAAACAAGGCACGUUGGUGUGGUGACUCGAACCGACUCUACUUGGGGCUAUUGGCUUACAAUCAUUCUUUUAUUUGUUGCCAUUAUAAUCGUUGCAUUUUUGUAGUCGCAUUGGCAAGUUCUUUUGUUCCAGUGGUACAGGUAUAAUUAUCGUUAUUUUGUCAACCCAAAGUUACAUUUUUUAACAAUUAAAAUUGAGAUUAAAAUCUA